UCCUUUCACUGCAUUCACGUGCCGCGCUUCGCGCACUCUGUCCAUCCAUCCAUCCACAAUGAUGCAAACGAUCGACAGCAUCAUGCAAACACUCGGCGAGUUGUCCUUCGAGUCGCCUCUCUUGACACGUCAUCCAGCCUCAGGCAGAAAGCAUGGCUCCUAAAAGAGACUCAUCAUGCAGCGACCCCAUACCCACACAGCUGGCUAUGUACAGGACAACUGCCUCGCCUCUCUCGCUCACUCAUUCAUCCGUGGCGAUCUCCACUCAGCCCUCCGACGGGAUCAGCCCUCUCCACGACAGAUCUUGCAUCGCGCUGCCGACGUAGAACUUUGCAUCGGUGCUCGCGCCAGUGCUGCUGCUGCCUCCAUCUAUGUCCUCAGUCCUCUUCCUGCUUCUUGUCUGCAGCCACGCCGCCUUGCCGUCGCUGUGGGGGGGGUGGCACUGGAGGGGCGGCACGUCGCCCUUCUUGCCGUCGGUCGACGUCCUCCGCACCACCUCGGGGGUCACAGAUGAGCUCGGGGUGUCUAGUGAGGCGCCCGGGGCUUUGGAAGCAUUGACAGGAGCGGUGACAGAGGGACGCCGGAUAGUGCGGCGAAGAAGAUACCGCUCCAAGUGCUGCGCCAAUCGAACAUGAAACAUGCCGCUGCAGUGGGAGUUUG